CUGUUCAUAACUGUUUUAGGAAGUGUCUCGCGGUCCGGGCAGCUCUGUAUCCCGGACCACAGCAGCCCCCACAUGCCGCUCAGACCCAAGCCUCAUUCCUCUGAAUUUUACAACCCUUUAGCCUGUUGCAGCAUCUCUCCCUGGAAUGUGAACGGGCUUAGCAGGAGCGGGGUUGGCGCUCGCGCAGACCUCAGACCCGAGCCCCCCUCGCUGGGUCCGCUGCUGGCAGGAUGUGUGCCCGGGGUUGAUGUUUCCCCACCGGGCGCCCGCAGGGUCGCUUCCAAGCCAGACUGCCGACAGCCCGCUGCCCCCCUGUGCCUCCUGAGCCGGGGCCCAUCGAUCGCCUCCAGCUCGAACAAGACAGCCCGCAGCGCUCCGCCGCCGCCACCACAGCAGCCUCAGCAGGACCGCAUCGCCAUGGAUACGGAGUCCACCUACUCGGGCUACUCCCACUACUCUGGGCGCUCCCGGGGCUCGCACCGACACGGCUCACCAGACCUGGUUUGGCGCCCCCGCAGCUCCCGUGGCCGCAUUAGCCUGUCAUCGGCCAAAUGGCUGCGGCUGACAGGCCUCAGGAAGGCGGCGGGAGACAGGAUGGGUCGCUCGCAUUCCCAAGGGGGCAAGAAUUUGCACUUGAAGCUCAAAGUCACUGUUAGCGAGAGUGGUCUCGAUUUUCCGGAGAGGGACGGUGGGGAGCGAAACCGGGAGCGCCACAAGUCCCGCAGCAAAGACAGCCGCUCGGAAAAGUCGGUCACCAUAAACACGCCGCCGGCAGAGCCGCUUCUGAGCGACUCUCUUCGGGGAGAGCAGGUCCAGGUUGUGUUCCACCGUCCCACAAACGCACACAGAGGCGUGCACGGGCGGCACGGCGACGCCGCGGUGCUCACUGGUGAGCGCACGGUCCCCAUACAGUACAGCCCCAGGCAUGAUGGCAGGGAUCUCUAUAUAGGGAACGGACCAGUGCGGGCGGCGGAUCCGGAGAGUCAGCCAGGUCACGCUCGCAGAUCCGCACUCUGGGAUGGAUCGGGAGAAGGAGAGCAUCGUGGAGCCGGGACAUUUGCGAGUUUAGGCAGUGUGGAGUGUAGGGCGAUGGAGGUGGAAGAGGAAGUUCUGCAGGUGAUUGAGGUCUGUGGCACCACGGAGGAGUGGAAGGAGGUGGUGGUGGCGACCAUAGAAGGAGACUGGAACAGGAACUCCCCCCCAGCGGCCAGCUGCGGGUCAGGGGCUAAGACGAGCCAGGAAUAUUUACCGCGCUCCGUCAAAGGCCAGAGGAACCCGAGACAGCUCCUGAGAGCCGGGGCUCAUCAAAGCCCAUGGGCGGUGGUUAACAUGUCACCGACUGCCGUUUCCAACGUGGAUUACUUGAGACUCUCCAUCCCAGUGCUGCAUCCUCCUCCUCCUCUUCCUCCUCCUCCUCCUCCUCCUCCUCCUCCUCCUCUUCCUCCUCCUCCUCCCAGCUCCCCUCACUCUAAGGAUGACAACUGGGGCGAGACCACCACGGCUGUCACGGGCACCUCGGAGCACAGCCUCUCCCAGGAGGACAUCGUUCGCAUCACCAAGGACCUGGAGGACAGCGUGGGGCUGGACUGCCGCCGGUACCUGGCCCGGACGCUGGCCGUGAUCCUGGGCCUGCUGGUGUUCCUCACGCCGCUCGCCUUCCUGGUGCUGCCCCACCUCCUGUGGCCGGAGAAGCUGCAGAGCUGCGGGACGGCCUGCGAGGGCCUCUUCAUCUCGGUGGCCUUCAAGCUGCUCAUCCUGCUGCUGGCCGUCUGGGCGCUCUUCUUCCGGCCGGCGCGGGCCAGCCUCCCGCGGGCCUUCGUGUUCCGGAUCCUCCUGGCCGUGCUGGUGCUGCUCUUCGUGGUGUCCUACUGGCUCUUCUACAGCGUCAGGAUACUGGACUCGCAGGACGAGAACUACCAGGGCAUCGUGCAGUACGCCGUGUCGCUGGUGGACGCCCUGCUCUUCAUCCACUACCUGGCCAUCGUGCUGCUGGAGCUGCGGCAGCUGCAGCCCUGCUUCUCCCUGAGCGUCACGCGCUCCACCGACGGCGAGACCCGCCACUACAACCUGGGACAGCUCAGCAUUCAGCGGGCAGCUCUGGCCAUCAUCGAGCACUACUACUGCGACUUCCCCAUCCAUAACCCCGCGCUGCUCUCGGCCUCCAAGUCCCGGGCCGCCAAGCACCUGGCCGGCCUGAAGGUCUACAACGUGGAUGGUGAGUUCCCAGCAGCCCCCGCUGAGGGUGAGUGGGAUGCUCUGCCUUGCCUUUGCUACCUGAGCCCGGGCCCCACCCUGCAGUACAGCCGGGACCACUGGCUGGCCCGCCAGUGGACCCUGAUCAGCGAGGCGUCGGUCAACAGCGGCCUGAAGGACGGAUCCGUCUUCCUGCUCAAAUGUGUGGACUUCACUCUGGUGGUGACGUCCAAGAAGAUCCCCUACAUCCAGAUGUCCGAGGAGUACAUCGACCCCAAAUCUCACAAGUUUGUCCUGCGGCUACAGUCGGAAACGUCUGUGUAG